GGAGGUGAGACGAAUGUGAGGGAGAUGGAGGUGAGGCUACUGGAGGAGAAGCUGGGAGGGGAGGUUGGGGGUUUUAAGCUGGCAUUUCCCCUUCAUUUGCUGCAGCAGCUGCAUGGAUAUGAACGUAGCAUGCACCGUUGCACAAGAAAGAAGAUAAAGUCAUCAGACAUGACGCCAUGCUCAGUGAUAAUUACCAUUCUAAACAUUCCUUCUGCAGUUGAUUGUAAAUCGAAGGAAAAAGUGUCAUUAAGCCUAAACAACUAACCCUGACUCUUUCUCUUCUUCGUCACUGAAUCUUGUUCACCCCUCCCUCUCUUCUUUCCCUGUCUGUUCUUGGCAGCAGCU